AUGCUACCUUAUGGUCAGCUCAUUUAUGUCAUAACCACAUGUUCAGAUAAUGAGGGAAUUAGUGAAGACAUCAAGGCUCGUUGCAGCGGAGCUAGUUGGCGUUUCUUGAACCGUAUGAAACAAAAUAAACUACUUUGGCUAUCUGGAAACUUGCGUUCUGUUGUCCCUGUGAUUGGAUAUGAAGACAGAAUGGUUUACGCAAAUGUCUCUUGUGUCAUGUGCAUCCUUCUUUAUUACGUUUCCAUUGUUCUUCCACUUUCAGUUCUCUCUCAUGAGCAAAACUCAUUUCCAACAGAGUGUUUAACUAGAGAAGACUGUUAUUGUGAUUUCAAGUGUCGAGAAGAGGGGGAUUGCUGUACGCUUGUAAAUGGAUCUCAGCCUGCUAUCGAUUCCAAUGGGUCUUUCUUUAUACCAGUUUGCACUAGUCAUGAAAAUGUGCUUUCCAAGAGCUUUAUCAUACCGUAUGGUCAGGGCGUUUAUGCUAUAACCAAAUGUCCAGAUAAUGAGGGAAUUAGUGAAGACAUCAAGGCUCGUUGCAGCGGAGCUAGUUGGCGUUUCUUGAACCCUAUGAAACAAAAUAAACUACUUUGGCUAUCUGGAAACUUGCGUUCUGUUGUCCCUGUGAUUGGAUAUGAAGACAGAAUGGUUUACGCAAAUGUCUACUGUGCCAUUUGUAAUGGAUUGGAAAAGAAACAGAUUUAUUUUCCUCAGGUUAAAAUUGGUUGCAGUAAUAGUGAGAGCAUGACGAGUUGUUUUGUGAGUACAAAUCUACCAAAAAGUAUGACUCGAUUUUGUUUCCAAAGUGAUCGCCCAAUAUUAUCUCCCGAUAUCUACGAAUCCUUUGACGUCAAGAGCAUAUUUUUGGGAAUGGAAUACAUAUUUGUAAUUCCUGAAGAGUACCUCAGUGAUGGCUACAUCAAACUACCCUUUGUCACCUCGCAAGAGUCAGAAAACGAAACAAACCAAAUCAUUGGACCUGAGUACGGAGUGAAUGAAGCUUACAUGUGGUUACAGAUCAUCCUUCUUGUCUUUUCAAUGAUAGGUCUCACUCUCAUGCUAGUGGUGUAUGGUUCGAACUCAUUGCUGGGACGUUCAUUGGGUGGUCUACUAACAAUGGGACUGGGAGGAACUUUGUUAGCAAUGGAGAUAUCGUUCCUGAUUGUGGCAUUUGGUGUUCCAAGAGCAGAAAAUCGUGGAGUUUGUGUUUUCAUGGCAGGUGUUCUACUGUUUUUACUUCUCAGUAGUUUCAUGUGGAUGACGCUUCUUGCCUUUCAACUUCUCUUGACAUUUGGUGAUUGCAGGGCAUGUUUUCCUAUCAUUUGGAAGUAUAUUUCUUGCCGGCGUGGAAACAUUGGUUCUGUAUCAGUGUACUCACAAGGUCGUCGUACGAGAAGUCCGAAGAAACUAUUUCUGAAGUAUGCCCCACCAGCUGUAAUUCUUCCUCUCUGCUUGUCUUCUCUUGCUGUUUUGGUGAACGAGAAAGCCUUCAAUCAAUUAGCUCCAAUCUACACACAGCUAUCUACUCCAUCACCAUCCAAAACACUGGAUGAGGCUGAUUCAAAAGCAAUGCAAUCUGGUGUAUUUGAAAACAUCACUCGAAUAGAAGUACUCGGAUCCUGUUUGUCUAUCGUUGAUCCUGGAUUCUGUCCGGAUUCGGCUCGAGCGUGGUUCACAAAUUUUGGUGGAUUGUGUGUUUGGUUCCUAGUGCCUGUGGGUACAGUCAUUAGCUUCAAUGUCGUGACUUUGAUUGUGGUGUGUAUACAAAUCUGUCGAUUGUCCAAGGAGGCGCAGAUCAGAUGCUCACCAGAAAAUGAGGAGGAGAAGAAGAGACGAGAGAAAAGGAAGAACCUGGUUGGAAUCUGUGGCAAACUUGCAAUCAUACUGGGUGUUAGUUGGUUUGUGCAAAUGUUGGCUGGAUGGUUGCCACAUUCACUGAUAAUGAGACGAAUUCUUGCUCUAGUGAACUGUGCUCAGGGAGGUGUAAUAGCUCUCUCGAUGCUGAUGAGUGUAAAGUCCAGACGAGCUAUAGCAAACAUGUUGCCAGAAUCGUGUCGUGGAUUCAUUGCCCCGAUAUCUGCGUCUCGCCUGAAGGACAGAGAAUCCUCGAGUUCUUCGAAAACGUGGUCUUCAGUUCUUCUUCCCAAGAGAGUGCGACCCAGCCGCGAAAGUGGCAUCGAACAGAUUGACAAAUGA